UGGGAAGAGAAAGAUUUUGAAUGUAAUAUAGGACAAAGGAAGUAAGGAACUAAGUAAUUAAAGAAGCAUUUUCUUUGAAUGACUCCCAACAAUGUCAUCAUAUGACUUCCAUUUUACUACCAAUUAAAAAAAAAAAAAAAAAAAAAAAACCGUGUCUAGGCUCCAGGAUUCAACCCAAAUUCAGUUCGUAGCGUGCAUUGAGAUAUCCGAAUACCGAUCUGAGCAGAUUUUGUGAAGUUAUAUGACAUAGAUGGAAAGUAUGAGGAGUGAGAACUCAUUUCCAACACAACCUAAAUGGAGAAAAGUUGCUUAUGGAGGGAUGCAACCUGGUUUUGAUGACAAUCACACAGAUGAAUCUUUCCUAGAAGAUAUGAUUAUGAAUGCCAAUGUGGUCAAAAGGGACUUGCUAAAGGUGAUACUUGAUUCAGUUUCAAUUUCUCAGUAUAUUUGCACUGUUUGUCUUGUGGUUUUGGUUUGGACCUAUACUCUCAAAUCCUCCUUGAAUGAAAACUCACUUUUGGUUUUAAAUUUUAGCCUUCUUGGAUUGGGUUUCUUCAUUCUUCUCUUAACUGCACACAUGCUCUCCUUCAAUCUUCUUCUCGGUUACGUUCUCAAGAUUUCCUUCUUUAUUACCGGGCUGUAUAUGUUGUCUCCUGUCUACCAUACACUUACUCGGUCUAUAAGCUCGGAUUCUAUAUGGGCACUAACGGCUUCUCUCCUCGUAAUCCAUCUCUUCCUGCAUAAUUACUCGGGAUCCACUGUAAAAGCUCCCGGGGCUCUAGAAAAUAAUCCUACCCUUACAAGCAAUAUCUCUUUGAAUGCUUCUAUAGUGGCUUCACUUCUCAUUGCUUCUCGCCUUCCGUCAAGGCUUCAUGUAUUUGCCAUUGUGCUAUUCUCCUUGCAAGUUUUUUUAUUCGCUCCAUUGGUCACCUACUGUGUGAAGAAGUACUCGUUCCGAUUGCACCUGUGUUUUUCGUUUGGGUUAAUGGUCUUGACAUUAGCUCUUGUUCACCGGUUGCACACACUGCUAUUUGUUUUGUUGCUGGCGGUGUUUAUCUUUGUCAAUUUCGUAUGUCCUUAUUGGCUGAUACGGCUUCAAGAGUAUAAAUUCGAGAUUAAUGGCCCCUGGGACGAGGCAAAGCUUUGCUUUGCGAUCACAGAAUGAAGAACCAAGUCUAUGGAAGAAGAUCCAAUAUUGAUAAACAUAUCCUACUUUAGAGUGGUACUUCAUUUGUUUUGCAAUUUCAAUCUCUGGUUCUGAUUUGUUACACUGCUCUGCCUCUGCUGAAAUGUAUCUUGAUGGAAAUAUGUGAGUUUAGCUAUUUCAUAUGGAGAGUUAUAUUAC